AUGUCGACUGCCGAAACACCAAUGUCCAUCAGCGCACUGCUGAACCCGGCACCAAAGACACAGCCGGAUGUUCUGCCAGCAAACAUUUAUACGGCCGUAAUUUAUACUCCGCCUUACUUGGACAAAGGCUCUAUGGACUGUCAUUACAACAACAUUGACAGUGCUCCAAGCAAAUCAAUUGCUAGAAGAGGUCGCCGACGGCCGCACCGCCCUGAAUACUCGGAGGAAGAGAUGUACUUUAUCUGGUACCAUCGCGUUGAUCUUGGUAUGACGUGGAACGAAUGCGUCUGUGUGUUUAAUGGGCAGUUUCCCUCCUCCAAAGGUCGUCCAGUGCAGGGACUACAAGGCGUGUUCUACCGCUUUAUUAAAUCCAAGGGAUGCCCCACGGUGCGGCAGCAGCACAACAAUGUUGUCCGACGCGAUCGGGAUGGACUGCCGUUGCCCCAUAUUGGCGUUAUUGAAUGGUGUGGGAUCUCGUACCCGUGGAUGAGACUUGAGCAUCGAUACAACUGUAUCACUGAUUGGCGUCUCACAGGAUUCGAACUAGUCUAA